UCUAGUGCUUCCCCAAUGCCCAUCUCUAUUAGGCAUUUGGGCCAUUCUCAUUUAAUGUUACUUUAAAGAAUUGCGGCACCUGUUAAAUAACUUGACUUGGACACAAUAUGAGUGAUCCGGAAAAUGAGUCAAAGUCGAACAGACGCGGGCCAAAACAUAUGCGCCUGCGCUACUAUACAUCCUACGAGGAGGCAACAAUUGUGAAAUUGUGGCGCGAGCAUUUGCACGAAAUAACAUCUUACACCGAGAAUUUGACCAUAUUUCGUGAAAUUGCCUUUGGCCUGCAACAGCAUCGCAUCCGGCUCAACAAGCAGGAGGUGCGACGUCGCAUCUCCAAUUACCGCAACAAGUAUUUAAUGGAACGCAAUCGCAUGGAGACCGAUCCGCAGUAUAAAACCGAGUGGCGUCUCUAUGCGCUCGUCGACUGUCUCUUUCAGCCAGAGACAGCUGCGCCCAAGAGCACGCCCAUUGUGCAAACGGAACGCAAGCGAAUCGAGCAGAUCGAGUCGAGCAUACGCAGUGAGCUGCCCAGCCUGCCACGUUUUAAUCGCCACGACUGUAGAACCAUGAAAUUUGAACAGGACCCGAACGCUUGCCCCUUCUUUGAGGGACAACAAGCUGCGGCGGCGGCGGCGGCGGCGGCACAGAUUAAGACAGAGCUGCCCAAUGUUAAGACUGAAGUCAAGCCCGAAUUCGAUGUGGAGCCAGCCAUGGCAUUGCCCGCGGAGAAACGCUCGCCGCUGGCGCCCGCCAAUCGCACACUGGAACCACAAUUGUUGCCGCCACUGUCGCCGGCAACAGACUUUACCGCCGCGCCGCCGGGCGCCGCACGUCGCUCGCGUCGUCGCACCAUAAUGCCGCGCACGGGCCAGAUAACGCUGGCCCAAAUCGAGCGUCUGCGCAAGGAGAACGAGCUGCUGGCCGAGCAGCGGGAUGCGAAUCUGGCGGAUCUGGCGAUGAAGGAGCGCGAAUAUCAGCAGCUGGAGCAGACCUUUGACUUCUGGCUGCAUCAGCAGGAAACGUGGAUGGCUUACCUCGAUGAGCGUGGCAUCAAGUAGCGACCAUAACCAAACGUUUGACAAACGACUAGUUAGGUUAAAAGAUGAAUUGAAGGUUAAGCUUUAAUUUCGAGCAGCUGCCAAUGAAAUUGAAUGAUCUCCGGCGCUGGCUUUUGGUUUCUCUUUUGCGUUCCUUUAUUGUUAAUGAUAGGUAUAGAGGUGCUAAGGAAAGCAGCGCAAAAUAUUUUUUAUAUAUAUUAUUUAAUAAAGCCAAAUAUUGUAAUUCUGCAGGUUAA